GAAUUUAUCCUAAUCGUCUAAAGAUAGAUCAACUAAAAAAUCAUCUAUCAAAUCGAGUGAUUUGCUAUGAAUGUGUAAACAAUAAACAUGAUUUAGUGUCUUUGUUAGAGAAUGCUUUGUCACAGGAAAUGGAAAAGACAGAAAAUCAAGAAAAUCAACUAUUAUCUACCGAUAUGUUAAAUCUAGACAGAGAAAUAAG